CGCGCUCGGCGCUAGGGGGGUGCAGGCCGCGGAGCGCUCAGUUUGCAGCUCCGGGAGGCUAUGGGGCGUGCGGUUGCGGCGCGGGUGGGCUCGCUGUUCCGGCUGGGGCUGCUGCUAGGCGGCCUGGGCAGCUUGGCGAGCGCUGAGCCUCGGGCCCCUCCGGACCGAAUUGCAAUCAUCGGCGCUGGAAUUGGUGGCACUUCAUCAGCCUACUAUCUUCGGAAGAAAUUUGGGAAUGAUGUGAAGAUUGAUGUGUUUGAAAGAGAAGAGGUGGGGGGCCGUCUGGCCACCUUAAAGGUGCAAGGUCAUGAGUAUGAGGUCGGAGGUUCUGUCAUCCACCCUCUGAAUCUGCACAUGAAGCGGUUUGUCAAAGAGCUGGGUCUUUCCACUGUUCCAGUUUCAGGUGGCUUGAUGGGAGUAUACAAUGGAAAGACUCUGGUGUUUGAGGAGAGCAGCUGGUUUAUAAUCAACAUGAUUAAACUGGUGUGGCGCUAUGGAUUUCAGUCCCUGAGAAUGCACAUGUGGGUAGAAGACCUGCUAGACAAGUUCAUGAGGGUCUACCGCUACCAGUCCCAUGACUAUGCCUUCAGCAGUGUAGAGAAGCUAAUGCACGCCAUUGGAGGGGACGACUACGUUGGGCUGCUUAACCACACACUCCGUGAAAGCCUGCAGAGAGCAGGCUUCUCUGAAACGUUCCUCAACGAAAUGGUUGCUCCUAUCAUGAGGGUCAAUUUUGGCCAAAGCAUGGACCUCAACGCCUUUGUGGGGGCGGUGUCAUUGACAGCUGCCGAUUCCAACCUUUGGGCUGUGGAAGGUGGUAAUAAAGUAGUUUGCUCAGGGCUCCUUCAGGCUGCCAACAGCAAUCUUAUAUUUGGCUCAGUAAUGUCCAUAGAGGAGAAAACAAGGACCAAGCAGACAGGAAACCCCACAAAGAUGUAUGAAGUGACCUAUAAAACAGGAUCUGAGACCCAUUCGGACUUCUAUGACAUCGUCCUUGUGGCUACUCCACUGAAUCAGAGAAUGUCCGGCAUAACUUUCCUUAACUUUGACUCGCCCAUCGAGGAAUUCCAGGAACCAUACCAACACCUGGUGACCACGCUUGUGAAAGGAGAACUGAAUGCCACUCUCUUCAGCUCCAGAUCCCAGGAUCAGUUUGGCCUCUCUGUGAUUCUAGUUACUGAUAACUCAGAUAUGUUUAUUAACAGCUUAUCGAUUGUGUCCCCCGUAAAAGAAAAGGAGAGGCCUGCCCUGGCGGGAGGUGGAACGCACGUGUGGAAGACCUUCUCCAGGGACGUUCUUACCAAAGAGCAGAUCUCAAAGCUCUUUCUGUCGUACGAUUAUGCUGUUCGGAAGACGUGGCUGUCAUAUCCGCACUACCAGCCCCCGCAGAAGUGCCCGUCCAUCAUCCUCCACGACCGGCUCUAUUACCUCAAUGGCAUCGAGUUCGCGGCCAGCUGCAUGGAGAUGAGCGCCAUCGCUGGCUACAAUGCUGCGCUCCUUGCCUACCACCGCUGGAACGGGAAUGCAGACAUGAUCGACCAGGACGGCCUGUAUGAGAAACUUAAGACAGAGCUGUAACAGAGCACUGGCCCCUCCCACUCCUGGUUCCCAGAGCAUCCCAGUGGCAAAGGACAGAAUCUGAGCAGAGAUGAUUUUGAAUCAUUUAACAGCCAUCCCUGUGGGUCAUGAGGAAACAAACGGUUCUGUAGACAACUUCAUCCUUAGCCAUACCUAGAAUGUUUUCACUCCCUGCACCCUUUUCUCAGGGGAGUGAUGGUGGUGGUGGUGGUGGUACUGGGGAUUGAACCCAAGGCCCUGUGUGCUAGGCAGGCACUCCACCACUGAACUGAGUGAGCUACAACACCUCUUUUUGGUUUUUCUUUUGAACUUGCAGUCAUCUUGCCUCAGCCUUUCCAGUAGUGGAUUACAGGCCUGUGUUGCCAGGCUCGGCUCUUAACUACUUUGGGAAACAUUGGUAGUGUUUCCCAGACUUGCCCGAUCAGAAAAAUUGCCUGAAAUUUGAUAAACAUCUGAUUUGGAUUCAGUAGAGUGGGCAGGGGCCUAACAUUUCAGUUAUAUUAUAGAGCAGUCUUCCUUCAGUCCUUCCCCUCCCUCCCUCUCUCUGUCUUCUUGCCUGUUGCUUUGUUUUGCUUUUGGGAGUUUUUGAAGCUGGGUCUUACUUUGUAUUCCAGGCUGGAAUUCAUUAUGUAACCCUAGGAUAGCUUUGAACUCAAAGGCAUCCUCCUGCCUCAGCCUCCCAAGUUCUGGGACACAGGCAUGAGCCACCACUCCUGGCAGUUUACACCUUUUUGAUGUAAAUGUGCUCCAGCCUAAAGUCAUGACUUUGAGAAUGUGAUUUUUGAUUGCUUCUGUCUUGAUUAUAUUAGGAAGAUUCAGAAGUCUUAAGAGUAUAACCUUAGUAGUUUCUACAGAAAUUUCCUGUAAAAUGGGAACCAGAUACAGGCUAUCAAUUGAAAAAAUUGGUAUUGUAAUACUAGGCCCUCAUGUGAGGAUUGAACCCAGGACCUUGAGCAUCCUAGGCAAGUGCUCUACCACAAAGCUACAUUCCCAGCCCUGAGAGCUUUGGGUCCCACAUAGAAAGUGGGAUUUCCUGGGUUGAGGUUGGAGUUUUAGGCAUUGUAACUUUAUCAAGUUCAAGCUUCCAGCAUGCAGCCAUAAAUGAGAGGAUCCCAGACAUGGGAUUAGAACAUCUGCAGAGGGUUUUGAGUGCCUUAGGAGUGCUAAGCAACCCAACCCAAGCCCAGAGAUGCAUGCCACAGGAAAUGACUGCUGAGUGAGGCCUUUCACUCAGUGAAGACUUCAGCAGUGAGCUUUGGGAAGAAGCACUGGCACUCUUUAAUAAGAGCAGAGGCAGCUUGGUAAGGCCAGAGCAGUCGAUGCUAGAAUGAAGUCUUCAGGGUCAGGGGUACUUGAUCCAGCGCAGCAGGAGUGAAGCAUCAGAUAGUGGAUGAGAGGCUGUUGCUGAAAUCUUAAGACAGUGGCUGUCAGCCAUGGCUGCACUUCAGAGUCAGCUGUAGACCUACAAGCUUCUUGUAUGCAGCCCAAUUUAAGAAAUCCAGCUUUCUGUCCACUGCCCAAGGCCAAGAAUGAUUGUCAUAGCCACUGGUGGAACAAAACAAGUCAAAGCUGGUGAAUUCCAACUGCUACCAGGUAUUGUUAUUAAGGGGAAAAAAUUACCUUUCCAGGCAUGGUGGUGAAUGCCUGUAAUCCCAGCACUUGGGUGGCAGAGCCAAGGGGAUCAGGAGUUCAGGGGCCAGCCUGGGCUGUAACAAGACUCAGUUUCAAGGGAUAAAAAAACAACUUCCUUCACCAGAUUAUAGUAGUGACUACAUCAGUAAAACAGUGUAAGAGAAUGCAGAUUCUUUGUAAAAAUUAUUUCUUUCCCUAAUAGAAUUGUAAAUAUUAAUGUGCGAAUAAAGCUGAUAUAUUUGAUAUAGUGACAGGAAUAAACUCCUAGUUUAUCAAAA